GUGGCCUGAUGGCCUCAUAAAAUUUGAGGACAUUUUUCUCCAUUAACUAAUAUAAAUAGACGGCAAUAAUUAGUGGAGCUGUGUAAAAUUUCACCUGACUAUCUACUUUGGCCACCAUGUACAGCAUAUCGUCUUAUCUCCUCAAAUUGCCAAAGGAUUUGGCUACAUUGCGUCGAAUCACAUUGAUCACCGAGGCAGCCAAACCUUUGCUUGCUUCGAAUUCGCAUAAUUUGGUUCGUGAAUAUCACGACUACAAGAAAACUGAUAAUAAAGAAAGCCUGCGUCAAAGGUCGUAUAGAUAUUUAAGUUAUUCCUUGUUGUUUGGUGCUGCUACAUACACAUCAUAUAAACUCUGGAUACGGUUCCAAGUGUUUCCCUCAAUAACCGCCGCAGAGCAGCUAGUUGAAUCAGACAACGAAGAUGCGGAUAUCAAAAAGAAAAGGUAUAGGAAGGAAAAAAUUGGAUUCAGAGAUAGGAAGAUUAUUGAAUAUGAGAACAGAAUGAGGUCAUACUCUACACCUGACAAAAUUUUCCGAUACUUUGCCACUGUCAAAUUAACAGUUGGUGACAGCACGGAAGUUUACAUGACUCCUGAUGACUUUUUACGAGCUAUCACGCCUGGCAUGAAACAACCUGACGGGUUGGGACUUGAUCAAUAUCGGAGAUACGACCCUAAGAGCAUCAGCCAACGCUUGAACUUGGAUCUCGACGAGGAUUCGAUCUUCUACAAGCUGGGUUCGUCGGGUCUCAUCACCUUCAGCGACUACAUAUUUUUGCUGACUGUACUGUCAACAUCCCGCCGCCACUUCGAGAUUGCGUUCCGCAUGUUCGACCUCAACGGGGACGGCGACGUAGAUUGCGAGGAGUUCGAGAAAGUUGCCGCUUUGAUUCGACAACAGAGCAGCAUUGGAUCUAGACACAGGGAUCACGCCAACACUGGCAACACUUUCAAGGGUAUCAAUUCUGCGCUCACGACAUACUUCUUCGGACCGAAGCUAAACGAGAAGCUGACUAUAGAGAAGUUCCUCGACUUUCAACAUCAGUUGCAGAAAGAGAUCUUAUCCCUCGAGUUCCAGAGAAAACAGCCGGAUGAAAAUGGACGUAUCACCGAGGCGGAUUUCGCUGAGUUACUGCUGGCAUACGCCGGUUACCCCGCUAAGAAGAAGGCCAGAAUGCUCAAACGCGUUAAAAAAGCUUUCCGCGACCACGGCGUGGGCAUCACCAAAGAAGACUACCUAUCGUUCUUUCACCUUCUUAACAACAUCAACGACGUCGACACGGCACUGACGUUUUACCAUAUCGCGGGCGCGUCCAUAGACCAGCCCACUCUUAGACACGUCGCGAGGACUGUCGCCCGUGUGGACUUAGACGCGCACGUUGUAAACGUGGUCUUCACUAUUUUUGAUGAAAACAUGGACGGUCAACUGUCCAACCGCGAGUUCGUGGCGGUGAUGAAGAACCGCCUUCUCCGAGGCCUCGAAAAGCCCAAGGACACCGGCUUCGUCAAAUUGAUGCACUCUCUCAUCAAGUGCGCUAGGGACACUAAACCUGCCAUAUUGGAUUUUUAAAGGUUGUUGAUUCGACUUUUCCUCGACCUAGACGAACCUCGGCCUCCCACUACCGCCAUACUUUUAUAGAACACACUCAGGGCCACUUGCACCAUUGCGGGGUUAAGCGGUUAAACAGUUUACCCAGUGUCAAAUUGUACUGGAAACCAUGGGAACUUCAGGUUUAACCGGUUAACCCCGGGUUAGUGGAAUGGUGCAAGUGGCGCUUAGAUAUUAUCAUAUUGCAAAAAUGGCCACCCUAUAAAAUCAUCUUUUUGUAUUUUUAUCUAGCAGAAAUUUUUGGGGCUAAGGAAGCAAUGAGGCUUAAAUUGUGGAUUUUUUAAUCUUGACCGUUAGAGGGUUAAGCAACAACUUAAGCAGGAGAAGGUUUUUUUAUCGGCCCGACUCGCUAUUUUCUGGGCCUCGACAAGCCUCGGCCGCCUAAGCUUCUCUUCAGGCGAUCCCUUUGCCGGCUUUGAUAACAACUAUUAAUACCGUGACUAAUAAUGACGUAAAAACUAAGGGGUUACAUCUAUCCUUUCAGACACAUUCUACUAUCUUGCUGCUAAGAGCGACAGAGAAAUAACAUAUACUUUUUUCCGUCUCACUUAGCAUAAGAUAACAUAGACAUAGUAUAUACAAGUAGUUAUAGACGCGCCACCGAGCGACCGGGGGUAAGAGAAAAAAUAUUCAUAUAAAAUUUGGGCAGCAUAGGAUUUUUUCUCUUUCACUCUUAUAAAUUUCGGUAUUUCGUUAUCGCCUUAUACCUAUGAUGCCACCCGGUCGGUGAUAAGGACAAAGCAUGGCACUAUUUUCUCUUUCCUCUUAUAGAAAUCGCAAUAAGACUAUUUUUCUCUUUCAAAGACAAAGGCGACAGGAUAGAUGUAAUAACUCCUAUUGUUCCUUUUUAUGCAGGGAAUCCGAUAUAUCAUAGAAAAUUUUAUUGACUAUUUGCUCUUCCCAAAUUUUUACAUUAGUCGCCGAACUUUUAUUCAAUCGUAUGUAUGUAUAAUAUUGUCUUCGGUUACCGCGAUAGUUACUCAUGAAAUAAAACUAUGAAAACGGAUUAUAUCGCGUAUAUUGAAUUUAUAAUACAUCCCGACGUUUCGAACUCUUUACAGCGUUCGUGGUCAACGGAUGACUGAAUAUAGUAGAGUAUUUAUUUCAUGCGUUUGUAUGUAAUUAAGUUAGAAUUAGAACCACCUCUCGAGAGUUGGAAAAGCCUAACAGGGCUUCGCCAAAAAGACUUAAAAGGGCUAUGCUAUACAAGUAUUAAUUUUAUUAGAAACUACGAUCUGCAAAGAAUCUUAUUAAAUAAUAGGAAAACUCAUUGUUCAUUGGCUACAUACUAUGCGCUCCUUAAAACGAUAUAAAUCAAAUAUAGUUUGGCAAGCCAAUUUCGUUAGUAGAAAAAGGCGGUAAUUCUAAAAAAAUAUAUGUUGUUCUCUAACUUUGAAAGGCUAGGCGCCUUUGACCAACUCUAAGGGCAAGCAGUACGUGCUUGCACCUCCUAUACGAAUCUUUUACUGGAUUACGGUAUAGUUAUAAUUUAUACUAUAUAUAAAUUAUGAACUG